GGGCUCACUCUCGCCCAUACUUCACACCAAACCCAGCGACGCGCCUACUACUUCAUCAUUCCCCGAUUGGUGUCGCAUCGGCAUCUAGCUGUCAAUCCUCUCGCCACCCUUUCGAAUAUCAACGCAGGACCACAGGCCGCAUACGGCCCAGAAGGGCAACAUGGCGCCCUCGCGCACCCGUAACGUCGAGUCGGAUGGACCCUCUACUGCCGAUGUUUCUGCUAGUGAGGAUGUGGAGAUGCAAGACCAGACUGGCCGCCCUCGUGCGGUGGAAAAGUUUUUGUAUUACCAAGAUACUCCCGACUAUACGGAUUCAGACACAAACCCCAACACCACAGCAAGCAGCGUAGCCGGUGAUUCCACACCCGUUGACGGCCGCAAGCGACGGUCCGAGGUCUACAACAUGCGUAAGAGUAUCUACGGCAAGAAGCACGAUCGCUUAGGCGUCUCAAAGGAAGACGACACGAUUCGACGUUUCCGAUAUCUCCUCGGCCUUACCGACCUCUUUCGCCACUUCAUCGAUACCAACCCUAACCCGCGCAUCAAGGAGGUUCUCGCCGAAAUCGACCGUCAGAAUGCAGAGGACGAGGCAAAAGCGAAGAGCAGCAAGCUGCGGAAGGGAGGCGCCGCGGCAGAGCGGCGUCGCAAGACGGAGCAGGAAGAGGAUGCCGAGCUGGUCCGCGACGAGAAGCACGGUGGGCACUAUGAGACGGUCUUCCGCGAAUCGCCUGGAUAUAUCAAGGGCGGAACCAUGCGUGACUAUCAGAUCGCGGGUCUGAACUGGCUUAUCUCUCUCCACGAAAACGGUAUUUCCGGUAUCCUGGCCGAUGAGAUGGGUCUAGGCAAAACACUCCAGACCAUCUCAUUCCUCGGAUACCUCCGCUUCAUCGGCGGUAUUACCGGACCUCACCUCGUGGCUGUGCCCAAGUCUACGCUUGAUAACUGGGCGCGCGAGUUCAAGAAGUGGAUUCCAGAGAUCGAUGUUCUUGUUCUGCAAGGAAACAAGGAAGAGCGUGCUCAGUUGAUACAGGACCGACUUGUCGAUGAGAAGUUCGAUGUGUGCAUUACCAGUUACGAGAUGAUUCUCCGUGAGAAAUCGUAUCUCAAGAAAUUCGCAUGGGAGUAUAUCAUUAUCGAUGAGGCACAUCGCAUCAAGAACGAAGAAUCCUCGCUAGCCCAGAUCAUUCGCGUCUUCAACUCCCGGAAUCGUCUCCUCAUUACUGGUACCCCGCUACAGAACAAUCUGCACGAGCUCUGGGCUCUGCUCAACUUCCUUUUACCCGACGUUUUCGGCGAUGCUGCGGCGUUCGACGAUUGGUUCUCGAAACAAGACGAGGAUUCCGACACCGUUGUGAAGCAGCUUCAUAAGGUUCUCCGUCCUUUCUUACUUCGCCGAGUCAAGAGCGACGUUGAAAAGUCGCUUCUCCCCAAAAAGGAAGUCAAUCUCUAUGUCGGCAUGUCCGACAUGCAAGUCAAGUGGUAUAAGAAAAUCCUCGAAAAGGAUAUCGAUGCUGUCAAUGGUGCUGCAGGCAAGAAGGAGUCAAAGACCCGCCUGCUUAACAUUGUCAUGCAGCUCAGGAAGUGCUGCAAUCACCCAUAUCUGUUCGACGGAGCAGAGCCUGGGCCGCCUUACACCACCGAUGAACACUUGGUCAACAACUCUGCGAAGAUGGUCAUGCUUGACAAGCUGCUCAAGCGCAUGAAAGCCCAGGGCAGCCGCGUCCUUAUCUUCUCUCAGAUGAGCCGUGUACUUGACAUUCUGGAAGAUUAUUCCGUCAUGCGUGGUUAUCAGUACUGCCGCAUUGAUGGUUCCACUGCGCAUGAAGACCGUAUCGCGGCUAUCGAUGAGUACAAUAAGGAAGGUUCAGAGAAGUUCCUAUUCCUUUUGACUACUCGAGCCGGUGGUUUGGGUAUUAAUCUGACAACCGCCGACAUUGUGGUCCUUUUCGAUAGCGACUGGAACCCCCAAGCCGAUCUCCAGGCCAUGGAUCGUGCUCAUCGUAUUGGGCAAACGAAACAGGUGCAUGUUUUCCGCUUCGUCACCGAAAACGCAAUCGAGGAGAAAGUCCUCGAGCGUGCGGCUCAGAAACUGCGUCUUGAUCAGCUUGUCAUUCAGCAGGGCAGGACCCAACAACCUGUCAAGAAUGCAGCCUCCAAGGAUGAACUUUUGUCAAUGAUCCAACACGGUGCCGACAAGGUCUUCCAGAGCCAGGGUGGGGUGGGAGCAGCCGCCAACGCCGAUGGUCUUACCGAUGAUGAUAUUGAUGCCAUUCUGAAGCGUGGAGAGGAGCGGACUGCAGCACUCAAUGCCAAGUACGAGAAACUGGGUCUUGAUGAUUUGCAAAAGUUCACAUCGGAUACUGCGUAUGAGUGGAACGGCGAAACAUUCCAGCCGCGCAAGAAAGAGAUAGGAAUCAAUUGGAUCAACCCAGCGAAGCGUGAGCGGAAAGAGAUCGGCUACUCCAUGGACAAGUACUAUCGACAGGCACUCAUGACCGGCAAUCGACAAGAAGCCAAGAAAGAGCGGGUCCCUCGCGCUCCGAAGCAGGUUGUUAUUCAUGAUUAUCAGUUCUUCCCACCGCAGCUGCAGGAACUUCAAGAUAAGGAGACCGCUUGGUAUCGGAAGGAGAACAACCUCAAGGCGCCACUGCCUGAAGGUAAUGAGGAAGAUAUGGAGGCGCGACUGGCUGAUCAGGAACUCGCCCAACAAGAGAUUGACAACGCAGUGCCCUUGACUGAGGAGGAGAAGCAGGAGAAAGAGCGGUUGAUCUCGAUGGGCUUUCCCGAAUGGAACAAGCGUGAUUUCCAGCAGUUCUUAAACGGUUCGGCCAAGUACGGACGUCAGAACUAUGAAGGCAUCGCCGAGGAAGUUGAUGGCAAGACUGCAGAGGAAAUCGAAGAGUAUGCGAAGGUCUUCUGGAAGAAGUACAAGACUCUGGACAACUGGCAGAAACAUCUCGGCGUGAUCGAGGAAGGCGAAGCUCGCGUCCGUCUCUCGGAGGAGAAGAAGCGCCUGCUUGCGAAGAAGAUUAGCAUGUACCGGAUGCCACUGCAGCAGAUGACCAUUAAGUACACCGUAUCGACCACGAACAAGCGAGUCUACUCCGAGGACGAAGAUCGCUUCCUGCUCGUCAUGCUCAACAAGCAUGGUGUUGAGGGAGAAGAGGUCUUUGAGAAGAUCCGAGACGAGAUCCGAGAGUCUCCUCUCUUCAGAUUCGACUGGUUCUUCCUCAGCCGUACACCGCAAGAGAUUGGCCGUCGUUGCAAUACUCUGAUUCAAACGGUGCUGAGGGAGCUUGGUGAUGGCGAAUACAAGAGGGGCAAGCGCACUUUGGAAGAGGUGGAGGAAGAGAGCGAAGAGGAGGACGAGGUUCCAGUCAAGAAGAAGGCCAAGAACGGCGUCAAGAACAAGGCACUUGAUAACGUCAAGGGCAAGCGCGACUCCACUGUCUCGUCCUCGCGCGCCACCAGUGUUGUCUCCAACAGUCCGGCCCCAGCCAAGUCUAAGGCUAAGGGCAAGAAGAAAUAGCUUAUUGCGACAGAUGUUGCUGAUGGCUUGUACCACACACGCGUCCGCUAAAUCAAUAAGCGAGCGGUCGAUGUAGGUCGUCGGCACGGUUGCGGAAUUUUGUGUAUUCUAUCCGGGUAUGCUGCGAGGGUUGUGAUUCAGGGCAUUUUCUAUGGUGUUUUGGUGUUGCUGCAUAUCAAGCGUCACUGGAUGGGUAUUGGCAGUGUUUGCCAAUAUAUGGUGUUUUUCACAGGAGCGAGGUUCGGAUGAAAGGGUUGGUAUUGCUGCGGCCUUUCGCUUGCAGCCUAAAGGAAGGAUACAAUAGAUCAUCUUGUAUGCCAAUGAUGACCGU